CAAACCGAUAGCGAGGGAACCCGGUAGAAAUGAGCUACAAGUACGGAGUGGGCGGGAUAGGAUCGACCCUGGCGGUCGUGGGAGCUUAUAUGCUCUUCACCGGCAGCGGUGAAUCCUUCAAUGUCGGCGCCUUCCUCGAAUCCGUCUCUCCAUUCGCGUGGGCAGACUUGGGUAUUGCGCUCUGCAUAGGACUCUCGGUGGUCGGCGCAGCAUGGGGCAUCUUCAUCACGGGCUCGUCCAUCCUGGGCGGAGGCGUCAAGGCGCCGCGGAUCCGCACCAAGAAUCUCAUCUCAAUCAUCUUCUGCGAGGUUGUUGCCAUUUACGGCGUCAUCAUGGCCAUCGUUUUCUCGGCCAAGUUGAACCCGCUCCAGGGCGAGGCCGCAUACUCGGCCGACAGCUACUACACAGGCUACGCGCUGUUCUGGGCCGGCAUCACCGUCGGCAUGUGCAACUUGAUAUGCGGCGUCGCUGUCGGUAUCAACGGAAGCGGCGCUGCGCUGGCAGAUGCUGCCGAUCCUACGCUCUUCGUCAAGAUGCUGGUUAUCGAGAUUUUCAGCUCGGUGCUGGGCCUGUUCGGCCUGAUUAUCGGGCUACUCGUGUCCAACAAAGCGGCCGACUUCGGCAGCAGCCCGUGAGAGUCCCCGCUCGGCUGCAAACUCGACCAUCUAACCACGAACAUUUCAUCUUAAAUUCAGACUGCGGCGACAAGCGUGUCUGUGUAGCUUCAUUUUUCACUGGCGUUUUGGAAGAGGGGCAGGGACGGUUAAUGGGCAUGGUCGGCAUCAUAUCACAGUGUUAGAAGUUUACUGUACAGAAGAGGUACAUGAGGUCAUAAAUUCGGUUGUCUUCAUCCAUCACGGAGCACUGUUUUUAUCGUUCU